GAUAUACCGGUAUAUGUAUUUAUACAGGGCAGAGUUAGGAAUACACCAGUGCCAGCUAUUUCUUCGAAUACCGAACUGGGCAAGGGUGUGGUGGGAACAAAUAAAGUUAUUUCUCUGAAUUUUCAAAAAUGAUAUUUUAUAAAUUAAGUCGAUUUCAUUCAAACUGAAUUUUUUGGCAUCCAGGUUAGCUGUUGUCUCGGCAGGCCAAGUCACAAGUUUUAUAAUUUGAUAUUAUGGUGGAAAGAAAUCCUUCUCCUCCCCAUGAAUUUGAAGAGGAACAAGACAUUUUUCGUCAAGACAUGGUUGCAGACACGGCUAUCAGUAAAAAGUGGGUUUAUCAGACAAUAGUCAAUAUGUGCAAAGAAGUCGAAAAGCAGAGUGGUGAUAAUGAUACAAUGGAUAUACCUGAAGACUUACAGGAUGAGUCAUGCCGACUCUGGGAUUUAUGUGUUGAAAAGCAGCUUGCACUCUUCCUUGUUGAAAUUGAUGCAACCAAACUUCUUCGUGAUGUUAUCAUCGACAGUAAAUCUCCAAGGUUGACUGAGAUAACUGUUGGUGUCUUGGGUAACAUGGCUUGCACUCGAGAAGCAUGCUCCCAUAUUUCGAAUGAUGAUGAACUCAAGGUGGCUGUAUUGUCACUGUUCUCGUGUCGUGAUUCUCCUACCCUUGUUGAGAUGGGACGUCUCAUAAACACAUGUCUUGCAGAUGAAGAAUCCAGGCCUGUAUGGCUUGACUUGAUGGAAUCAUCAUUAUUACAAUAUAUGGAUGAUUUAAGUUUCAUACUUAAUAGUUCUAGUAAUUGCGACCUUCUGAAAAAUAUUCUUCAAGUAUUAGAUAUAUGUUUAGACUCCAAGCCUAGUUUAAUAUCAAAGUUUUCAAAACUUAAUUUUGUCAAUGCUCUCGCUGAGGCAGGACUGCAGUUAUCUAAGGAUGAUAGCUCAAUACGGGGUCUUGAGAACUGUUUACACACUCUAUAUAUUUUGACUACUGAAGAAAGUAAAAGUAAAGAACUAUUUAUAGACCAAUCUAAUGUUUUCCACAUGGCUUCGAACUGUUGUCAAAAAUGGAGUACGAUGGUGGAUUUUAAAGUUGGGACGAAUCCAACUGAUGUCACUGUAGCAAGCUGCCUCGCAAUCAUUAAUUUUAUAUUGGACAUAUCAUCAAUCGACAAAGACUCUACCUUUUUUAAUGAAGUGUCUGAUGAUGAAAAAGUAUAUAUAGCUGAUGUUUGUCAUAAGGCCAAAGUGCAAUGCACGGUGUCCACAAUUGAUAAUAAGGAUGAUGAAUACUCAAGUACUGAGGAGAAUAAAAAAGCAAAUUUGAGCAAAAAGGCAUCUGGUGGAGAUGAAAUCAGCACAGAUUCUGGAAAUAAAGAUGAAAAAGAUACAUCAUAUCAAAACAUUCUUCUAUUAGAAGUUGUAACUGAUUUACUUAAUUCAUUAGAUAGAUGGAAAUAGUAGUACAAAUUGUUUGUAAAUAAUACUUUAUCAUUUUGUAUAAUUCUUGUUUAG